CCAAUUUAAAGAAAAAGUAAGCAGCAGCGUUGAAACAAAAUGUAUGGAGUUGCAACCGCAGCUACGAGUCCCCUGCGCUUCUUUUGCAAUGCUGAUAAAGUGAACAAGCUGAGCUUGCAAGAACUUCCCCCAAAUGCCCUCUUGAGGAAACGCAAUUCCAGUUGGAGGGGUGGGUUUAGUCUAGGGGUAGAUUUGGGAAUGUCUCGCACUGGACUUGCUCUCAGUAAAGGCUUCUCUAUUCGUCCCCUCAAGGUGCUGGAGCUGAGGGGUCAAAAACUUGAGCUUCAACUACUUAAAAUUGCAGAAAAAGAGGAGGUGGAUGAGUUUAUAAUUGGGCUUCCUAUAUCUUCUGAUGGGAAGGAGACCAAGCAGUCCAAUAUAGUUCGCAGUAUUGCUGGAAGGUUUGCAGUCCGUGCUGCUGAGAGGGGAUGGAGGGUCUACCUACAGGAUGAAAAUGGGACAUCAGCUGAUGCCAUGGACCUUAUGAUCGAUAUUGGCCUGAGCAAGACUGCGCGCCAGGAUAGUAUUGAUGCUUAUGCAGCCAUGAUGGUCCUGGAAAGAUAUUUUUCCUUGUCGGGUGAAGGAAUAGAACUUGUUCUUCCCAAGCAGUUGGAACUGCAGGAAAAGCUUCGGAAGGGUCCAACACUUGAUUCAGACUUUUUCCCAGAAGAAGAUUUUGGAUUUUCAUCCCUAAAUGUGUAAUAGAGUUCUCAUGUGAACUUUUGGUGUCAUACAAACAUGGUGUCGCGUGUCGGUACUUCAAUUAGGAUCGAAUGAAUUGUUACCAAUCGACAUUAUAAGAUAGUAGAUAAUUUAUAAAGUUCUUAAUUCA